UUAUUUUCUUCUUCCCUUGCAGAAUAUGCCACAAAGCCUUAGCACAGUAACGACUGCAAUUAACCCAAAGAACUGAAACAAAAUCGAAUCGUAAAGUCGUAUGAAUGCCAGAAGAUGUCAACGAAAACGCGAACCGUUCCACAGCAUGCAAGCCAGCAGUAUACGAAUCCCUCCUUCGAGCAGGAGGACGAGCCGGAGGAGGCGAGCAGCGGCGCAAUGGAUGCAACGGCUGCGAGUGGCAGCAACAAAGCCACCACCGCAGGCACGGUGACAGGCACGAUGGGGACAACCGGCCUGGGCAUGGAUGUGGAGGCGUGUGGAGGGGGAGGCACGACAUCACAUCGCAAAGGUCACAGACGACAGGAGUCCAUGUAUCAGAUGACCGGACUCUAUUCGGAGACGAAUAGCGGCGACGACAGCAGCAUCGAUGCCGCCCAGGACAACAGUCAUGUGAGCUUGGGCAUUGGUGUUGCUGGGGGCGCGUUGGAGAGCAAGUGCCACAGUCGACAGCCGUCGGGGGCGGCGAGCAAGUGCCUCAAUGCGGAGCGGCAGGAGCAGGAGGACGACGAUGAGGAGCAGUAUGGUGCGGGUGAUUGCGGCAUACUCAACUGUCGUCCAUAUGGCAUACAGAGAUUCGCCAGGAUCAAGAUCUUUGUGCUGCUGCUGUCGCUGCUGGUGAUGAUGCAGCAGGCGCUGAGCUCGGGCUACAUCAACUCGGUGAUUACGACCAUUGAGAAGCGCUUCGAGAUACCCUCCAGCUACUCGGGACUGAUUGCCAGCAGCUAUGAGAUUGGCAAUGUCAUAACCGUUAUCUUUGUUAGUUAUUUGGGCAGUCGCCGGCAUAUUCCCGUGUGGAUAGGCAUAGGCGCUGUCAUCAUGGGCAUUGGCUCGCUGGUGUUUAUGGUGCCGCAUUUUACGGGCGAACCCAAUCCGGGCAUUGCCAUUAAGAAUCUCAGCAGCGAUAAUAUUUGCCGCAGCGCCUUGGUGCGUGACCAGGACAUGGAUUUGGGCAGACUCUCCAGUGGGCUGUCGCAUCAGCCGCUGGCGCCGCAUACGCUGCGUGAGGAUAACUGCCUGGAGGGCAAGGCGUCCACAACGGGCCCAGUGCUGCUCUUUGUGCUCGCCCAGCUGCUGCUCGGCGGCGGCGGCAGUCCGCUCUUCACGCUGGGCACCACCUAUGUGGACGAUCAUGUGCGCACCGACAGCUCCUCCAUGUACAUUGGCUGCAUGUACAGCAUGGCGGCCUUUGGACCAGUGGUGGGCUUCCUCCUGGGCGCCUAUCUGCUCUCCUUUCACAUGGACUCGCUGUCCUCGACUAUAAUAUCCAUAACUCCUGGUGAUCGUCGCUGGGUGGGCAUGUGGUGGGGUGGCUUUCUGCUCUGUGGCGUUAUUUUACUAGUGGUGGCCAUACCGUUCUUUUCGUUUCCCAAAGUGCUCACACACGAGAAGAAGAAGAUACGCAAGAGCAGCGUCGUCCAACAGGCUUUGCCCAACAACACAAGCGUCGCAGCCAACACCGAUGAGCUGGGCAAGGUGCGCAAGGAAAUUGUUGCCGUCACCAGCAAAGAGGAGGAGGCGUCAACGCCGCCUAAGGUGGAUACAGGCUAUGGCAAGGACAUUAAAGACAUACCACAAUCCAUGCUGCGUCUUGUAAAGAAUCCUGUUUACAUUGUCACCUGCCUGGGCGCCUGCAUGGAGCUAAUGAUUGUGUCCGGCUUUGUUGUGUUUCUGCCCAAAUAUUUGGAAACGCAGUUUAGUUUGGGCAAAAGUCAGGCCAACAUCUUUACCGGCUCCAUUGCUGUGCCUGGCGCCUGCAUUGGCAUCUUCAUUGGCGGCUGCAUCUUGAAGCGUUUCCAGCUCAAACCCAAGGGCGCAGUGCAGUUUGUGCUUAUAACCAAUUUGCUCUGCCUUGUUUGCUAUGCCAUGUUGUUCUUUUUGGGCUGUGAUAAUCUCAAGAUGGCAGGCACUACAAUUCCUUACUACAACAAAGGCGCAGGCGCUGGACUGGAGCAGCCGUUUCAGGUGAAUCUAACAGCGGCGUGCAACUUCGGCUGCGAGUGUCUCACAAGCGAAGUGGAGCCCGUUUGCGGCAACAAUGGGUUAACCUACUUUAGCCCGUGUCAUGCCGGCUGCACUGCCUUCAGCUCCAGCUCCAACUAUACGGACUGUGCCUGUGUUCAUGCUAAUAUAAGCAGCAGCAUCUAUCGCGGCGCUGGCGGCAGCCAAGCUCAAGCUUUGAGUGCCAAUGAAAACUUUGCUGAGGUUACGGUUGUGCCAGUGGCUACAGCUGGUCCUUGUGCCACGCCCUGUCGCACUAUUUAUCCAUUUCUUAUACUGCUGUUCUUUAUGACGUUUGUCGUUGCUUCCACGCAAAUGCCGCUGCUCAUGAUUGUGCUGCGCUCAGUGUCCGAGGAGGAGCGCUCCUUUGCGCUGGGCAUGCAGUUUGUAAUCUUUCGCCUGUUUGGCUACAUACCCGCGCCCAUACUCUUUGGCAAUCUCAUUGACUCCACCUGCCUGCUGUGGAAGUCCAGCUGCGGCGAAAAGGGCGGACGCUGCUUGAUCUAUGACAUAGAAAAGUUUCGCUAUAAAUAUGUGGGACUGUGUGCUGUGGUCAAGCUGGUGGCAUUGGCUAUAUUUAUGGUGGACUGGUGGCUGGUGCGCAGACGCAAGCAGCUGGACAAGACAAAGCCGCUGAAUGCCAGUGAUCCCAUCAUAGGCUCCAUUAUCAGUCUGGAUAAGCUCUUUGAGGAGAAGCUAUCGGGUGGCGAACCGCCUGGCGCCGUCUUUGUUAGCAGCGGCAAUCGUGAGCUCAUUAUACCAACUGAUAUAUUGCGCCACUCACGCAACGACUCACGCACUAUGCAACUGGAGUACGGCUACGACAAAUGCGGCCAGGCAGCAAACACUUGUCAACUGCCGCAGACCAAGUCAAAGAAACAUUUCCGCAGCGCCUCGUGUGAUGUCAAAAUGAUACGCAGCUUUGCCAAGGAUCACAAUGUGCCAGUUGCGCCGGGCGUUUUGAAGAAACUGCAAACGCAUACGCGCAAUCACUCCACAGAUCUCAAUGCUGCACACAAGACGCUGCGCGAUGAUCCAACACUGCCCAUACGCUUUAUACAGAAUCAGCUGCGGCCACAGGACUGCGCUGAGGAGGAUGACGACGAUGAGCUUACCACCGGCUGUGGUCAUUUUGUAAAGAAGCAUUCACGCAAUCAUAGCUACGACCAGAUCUAUAUGCCCAAUAAUAUACGCUUCGAUGCGGACUUCCUGCGACAUCCGCAUCAUGGCAGCGCCAAAAAGAAUGUCAAUCUACUGAAGAAUGUCGUCAGCAAUGUGGACGCCAGCAAGCUUAAGAACUCGAACGAAACGGAGGCCAGCAGCGGCUCACGCACGCAUUCGCGCAACAAUUCCAAGGACUUGAAUGUGCCAGAGACUGGACUCAGCAUACUGCGACAUCGACGCACCAACUCAAAGGAGCUUAACUAUACAACGCUGCCAGCAGCCAGCAGCAGCACUGCUGAUGUUGCUGCUGCUGCUGCUGUCGCUGUGGCGCCGCAACAUACGCGCAACACUUCGCAUCAUAAAAUACAAAUCGAUGAUGAUCGCAAUGAGCUCAUUAACAACGAGGAGGAGGAGGAGCUCAGCUCCAUACGUCUGUAGUUAGCUGCUAAAUGUUCCUAAAACAUUUCGUUCCCUCAAAUUCAACCCUGCUGUCUGUCGUCUUCUGCUACUUUACACAUUCCAGGCAGCAACCAUUACUAUUCCUCACUAUAUAGUAGUUUCCAAAACUAUCGCCUAUAUACUUUCUUUUGUACUUAUGUAUAAACCAAGUGUUCAAUGCAAAUUCCUCAUAGAAAAACAAACAAACCAAACAACAAAAUAACAAAAUAUGCAAUAAUUCAGAUGUUUUUUAUGCCAAGCUGCAAAACAGUUCACCAGAGUUCACAUACAAAAACAUAUUUAUGAAAUAGCUUAUGGUAGUAUAAAUAUAUAUUGUAGUUGUAGCUCGUUGUGAUAGGCAUAUUUUAUACUGUACACAUAUAUAGAUAUAUGUAUACACAAAAUAUAUAUUUUAAGAGCUAUUGGACUGUACUUUAGAUGUUUGCAACACAAAUGUAAUUAUUUCUCAAUUUCUUGAUGUUGUUUUUGAUCCUUAAAUGCUGCUAAUUGUUUACAAACAAACAACUCGGUUUCGGCAUCAUAUACUUUGCGAAACUGUUUUUUUUUUAACAACAAAAACAUCAUAAAUCUCUAUGUAUGUAUGUAUAAACAAUUGUCAAUGGAAAUUGUGCUGUGAAUUGAUGUGUGAAAUUGCAGAAUAUUGCAAUGUUUAGUAAUUAGCAAGCAAAGGCUACACAUUAUAUUGUACAACUAAGCUAACCUGUAUGUACUAUAUAUGUACGAUAAUCCAUAUCAGUGCAAAACGGCGAGUCUCAUAUAGAAAAUCGUGUGUAUUUUAUAAAGCGCCUAGUUGGAAAUUCCUUAACAUAUUUGUGUUUUCUGUUUUAAAAUUUGUUUAGAGCAUAGCACACGCAGUUUUAAAACAGAACAACUUACUUUAAGCGAUAAUGCCUUAAUAUAUAUCAAUUAAUAUAAUAUGUACACCACACACAAGUAAAUGCCUAUGCAUCUUAGUAGCUUUAGCAUAAGUAACUGUUAGUUAAUAAGCAUACAGCUGUCAAGAUACAAUUGUAUCUCUAUCUCUGUUUGAUAAGCCGGCAUUCGCUGUUCGUUUGCCCCCACAUCUAUUUGAUCUGCUCUGACUCAUUAAACUAGUGCAAUUCCCCCAAUUCAA